CUUUCAACCCACACAUCACCAUUCGGAAUCUAGUCAGGGUUGGAUAACGCCGUUCAACGUUACCAUUGACUUACCUAUUCCACCCAGUUUGUCCGAUCUGUCUUAGAAGCGAUUGCCUGAUGUUUCGAUAUUAUUACAUUCACCUAAAAUUAUCAUGCUACACGCACGUUCGCGCAUAUUUUACGCGUGUUUUCGCCGUCCCUUACCUGCAUAAGUCGAUACAAGUCGAUACAUUCAGAUGUCCUACCCACUACAGUCCACCAGUCCACUAACCUACAGCGGUACCCAAUGAACAUCCCUGUAACUGUAACGUUUCUACGUUUCUAGAAAUCUACAGCCGCUGAUUCGGCACUUCGUUCUGACUCUUACCCUCUUGGAAUCAAGUCACUUGAAACUGCCUACGCAGCUACGAACAUGAUGAACAUAUAUACAGACACCAGUACCAUAGGGUAGUCUCGAUUCGAAGCUGAUUUUCGCAAACUUUCCUUCAAACAAAUCUUGAAAUAUAGGUACCUACCUAAUUCUAUCCUUUAUCCUCUAUUAGAGAGCAUACGUACCUCCUUCUUUUAGUAUCUGUGCUCCGUCCAAAAUCGUCUAAAUAUACCCCAUCUCAUUCUCACGAUCACGACUUGUCAACUUAUCGUAGAUAUGACCUCGACGUCAUCACGAAGUCGUCCUACUACCUGACUAACACAUUAUCGCGUUUUAUACCCAACGACACAGAAAUUAGAUAAUGGGCAUGCCAAUCGCAACUAUGAAAUCCAGCGUUCAAGACUUUCUUGAGCCCCUCUCCGUUGAUGAGGCAAAGGCGCAUGCAUUAUCACUUGAGUUCUACCGAACAUUUCAGAACCUAUCUGCCAAUUCGUUAAACCAAUUCCUCCCGACCCCGAUAUCUGAGUCAAUAUUACGGCCCACCGCAGGUAGAGAAAAGGGACGAUAUUUAGCUAUUGAUAUUGGUGGUACUAACUUAAGGGUUGGCUUUAUUGAGCUACUCGGGAACGAAAAGGUCGUCAAUGGUGGUAGUACCAAUGGAGACUUGGAGACUUCAAACGGAGAACCGACGUCCAACAUUCGUCGAUUACUUGAGAAAUCCUGGCCGAUCUCAGAUGUACUUAAAAAUGAGAAUGCCGAUUCGCUGUUCAGAUGGAUCGGGGCUUGCAUUGCAAGAGUUGUACGAGAAGGCUGUCGGGAAUUUAACCUGCCUCGCGACCAGGAACUUCCUAUGGGGGUUACGUUCAGUUUUCCAAUGGUACAGGAGACCUUAGCGGAUGCAACACUGAUGGCAAUGGGAAAAGGAUUCGCUAUCACCUCUAGGCUACACCUUGGGACUCAUUUAGUGAAUGGGUAUGAGAUGUCCAAAACUCCAGACUUGCCUCCUAUCAGAGUCGCAGCCAUCCUAAACGACUCGGUUGCGACAUUGGUCUCCUUCAUAUACCAAUCUAAAGAAGAUGAAACUCACAAGGCGGCAAUGGGACUUAUCUGCGGCACUGGUAGCAACGCGACGAUACCUCUUAAGAGGAGCACUCUUCACAAGGACAAGCAACCCGGGAAAGUCAAAGUCCUGGAUGAAAGUUCAAGCGAUGACAUGAAAAUCGCUGUUAAUACCGAAUGGAGUAUUAACGGAACAGCACCAGCCCUACGAAAGUUUGACCUGAUCAGCCAAUGGGAUACUCAGCUCGACUCUGAAGGCGAGGCGCCUGGGUUUCAACCCCUUGAAUACAUGACGGCGGGACGAUACCUGGGCGAGCUUGGGCGACUAAUGUUACUAGACUACCUCGAGAACCACCUAGAUAUCCCUUCGGAUGCUUUGCCUUCGGGGCUUUUAACACGCUUUGGCCUUACAACUACCUUUCUUAGUCAUUUCCGCCCUCCAGUUGCGGAAAUACUAAUGGAGAAGCUGGAGGCCGAGUUUCCGGAAUCGACUGCUAAGGCACCUUUCCGGUGGACGGAAGAAAUCGCGGAUGUUUUACAUAGGAUAGCUAAGGCUAUUGAAGUCAGGGCGGCCGCUAUUAUUGCGGCGGCCAUAAUUGGAUUGCUCGCUUGUGCGGGAGAUAUUCCUAUUCGAAAUUCACUCCAAGAUAAGACCAACAACCACACCGUUAAAACGAAGCAACAAUCUAAAGUAGAGUUGAUUGUCGGAUACACGGGUGGGUGCAUCGUCCAUUUUCAGGAUUACUUAGCAGAUUGCCAAAAGUUUCUCGACUCGAUAAUCCAAGCCGAGUUUGGAGACGCUGCUCCCGUAAGGGUCGUCAUGAGCCCUUGUCACGACGGGGGAAUCACUGGGGCAGGUGUAUUAUGUGGUGCCUCUGAAGCGAAGUCCAAGGACGUUGACGUCUAGGAUUUUCACAUGAUAAUAUAGACUAGGGAUGUUCCGGAGUUUGGAGAGGCAUACGUUCACACUACCAUGGAAAGGAACAUGAUCAUGAGUGCUGCAUAUCAUAGUAGCAGCACAUGUAUACUCUUAUGAUAACUAGACAAUCGGAUGACGCUAGAAAUGAUAUUACUCAUAUUUACGUUUUAA